CACCUUGCUUGGAGGUCUCUGGACCCCACUGUGGUCCUCCUUCCUCUGCUGCUGGUGUUGUCUGGAGCCAGAGCCCGGCCUCAGGGCCCAAGGACAUGAAAUGGUCCUGGAGUGCGGUCCUGACCACCCCGCCCCCACCAGGACUGGGGCCGCCUUAGAACGCCGGGUCCCAUUCUGAACCCAGCGGGCCCUCUGCGGGCGCCCGCACUGCUUUCCCUGUUGGGCAGGGGUGACGCGGCCCACCUGAGUCAGGACCCGGGGUAUCCGGGUGUGGACCAGGGGUCUCGGACGGCGGGACAGUGGCAGGGGCAGCCCCAGCCGAGGCGCUGACAGGCGGGCCGGGGAGGGUCCGCAACCCGCGCGCGCUUCGAGGCCGGUCGGGCUAACACGGGGCUGCCCCGGGAGGCCCGCGGGGCAAAGGCAGCGGGGACGUCCCAGCGGCCGGAGAGACGCGCGGGCUGCUGCACAGCGGGCAGUGUCGUGGCCGGGGCGCCGCCAUGACGGCGGAAGUGAUGGCGGAAGUGGGGCCGUUGCCAGGCGCCGAGCUGCGUGCCCUACGCGGGGCGCGCGGAGGCCGAGGCGGGAACUUCGAGUGGCGGCGCCAUGGCCCGAGCGUGGCAGCAGCCGUUCCUCAACGUCUUCAGAUACUUCCGGGUGGACGAGUGGAAGCGCUCAGCCAAGGAGGGGGACGUGGCCGUGGUGACGGACAAGACCCUGAAGGGCGCUGUGUAUCGCAUUCGGGGCUCAGUCUCUGCUGCCAACUACAUCCAGCUCCCCAAGACCAGCACGCAGUCCCUGGGGCUGACUGGGCGAUACCUGUAUGUGCUCUUCCGGCCCCUGCCCAGCAAGCACUUUGUCAUCCACUUGGAUGUGUCCACCGAGGACGGCCAGGUCAUUCGCGUGUCUUUCUCCAACCUCUUCAAGGAGUUUAAGUCCACAGCCACGUGGCUUCAGUUUCCCUUCAUCCUUGAGGCCGGAACACUCCAGAGAGGCCUGGUGGGUUUGGCUGCUGCUGGACCCCGCUGGACCUGCCUGCAGCUGGACCUGCAGGACAUCCUCCUGGUCUACCUGAACCGGCGCUACCAUCACCUCAAGGGCAUCAGGCUGUGCGCCAGCCUGCUGGUCAGGAACCUUUACACCAGCGACCUGUGCUUCCAGCCUGCUGUCACUGGGACCCAGGGCACAAAACUGCCCCUGACUCCUAUGCCUCGGGAAAUGGCGUUCCCUGUGCCCAAGGGAGAGAGUUGGCAUGACCGCUACAUCCACGUGCGGUUUCCGAGUGACCGUUUGAAAGUGCCUUCGGAGCUGACUCAGGAGAGCCGUUCCCCUCCUGAGGCAGUCCUCCUGGGGCCUGGGCCGGUGGCCUCCAGCAAAGCUGUGCGGAACAGUGUGUCUCCCGUGGUCCAGAUGCUCGGCCCCACAGCCUCCGGCCAGGCCCCCUGGGCACCCAGGCCCUUCCGGGAGGUCAGUCUGACCCGAGAGCACCCAGAGGCCUCUAGUGGGGAUGGUCCCAGUGUAAAGGCACCCAAGCCCUUCCCGAAGGUCAGCCUAUCCCGAGGGCGCUCAGAGGCGUCCAACACGGAAGGGCCCCUUGAGCCCUGGGCCCAGGCGGAGGCCUCUGAUGUCCACACCGCUGCUGCUGGCACCCACGUGUUGACUCACGAGUCAGCUGAGAUGGAAGAGUCGGCUCAGGUUCCUGUGGCCCUUGAGGAUGCCGGCUCCUGCAAGCGCUUCCUCCCGGACCCGGUCCUGAGGCUCAAGGGUGUCAUCGGCUUUGGCGGCCACAGCACCAGACAGGCCGUGUGGACCGCGGACGGGGCGGCUGUCGUGUACCCCUGUCACUCAGUCAUCAUCGUCCUGCUUGUGGACACCAGGGAGCAGCGCUUCUUCCUCGGACACACGGACAAGGUCUCCGCCUUGGCACUGGAUGGGGGCAGCUCACUCUUGGCCUCAGCUCAGGCCGGGGCCCCCAGCAUGAUGCGACUCUGGGACUUCCAGACUGGGGGUUGCCUGUCCCUGUUCCGGAGUCCAAUGCACGCUGUCUGCUCCCUCAGCUUUGCUGACCGUGGGGCCCUUCUCUGCGGGGUCGGCAAGGACCGACACGGGAGGACGAUGGUGGUGGCCUGGGGUACCGGCCAGGUGGGCCUUGGUGGCAAGGUGGUCGUUCUGGCGAAGGCACUCACUGACUGUGACAUCCAGGCCUUCCGGGUCGCCUGUUUUGAUGAAACCAGGAUGGCAUCAUGUGGGCAGGGCAGCGUGCUGCUCUGGCGGCUGCGUGGCGGGGUCCUACGCUCCUGCCCCGUGGACCUGGGGGAGAACCACGUGCUGUACUUCACCGAUCUCGCCUUCAAGCAGGCCCAGGACGGCUGCCAGGAGACCUCAGCCACCAUGCUCUUCGUGUGCAGCCGCAGCGGCCACGUCUUAGAGAUAGACUGUCAGCGCGUGGUUGUGAAGUGUGCCCGCCGCCUGCUCCCUGCACGGACUCCGGGUGGCCCCCGGCCACAGAAGCAGACCUUCAGCUCAGGCCCUGGCAUUGCCAUCAGCAGCCUCAGCGUCUCCCCGGCCGUGUGCGCUGUGGGCUCUGAGGACGGCUACCUGCGGCUCUGGCCCCUGGACUUCUCCUCGGUGCUCCUGGAGGCAGAGCACGAGGGCCCCGUCAGCUCAGUCUGUGUCAGCCCCGACGGCCUCCGUGUACUGUCCACCACCUCCUCGGGCUACCUGGGCUUCCUGGACACCCCGUCCCGGGUGUACCGCGUGCUGGCUCGCUCCCACACUGCCCCAGUGCUGGCCCUCGCCACGGAGCAGAGGCGGGGGCAGCUGGCCACUGUGUCCCAGGACCGCACCAUUCGCAUCUGGGAUCUGGCCACCUUGCAGCAGCUGUAUGACUUCACAUCGUCAGAGGAGGCCCCGUGCGCUGUCGCCUUCCACCCCACAAGGCCGACGUUAUUCUGCGGCUUCAGCAGUGGGGCCGUGCGCUCCUUCAGCCUGGAGGCCGCCGAGGCCCUGGUGGAACACAAGUGCCACCGAGGAGCCGUCACCGGUCUGAUUGCCACCCCUGAUGGCCGCCUGCUGUUCAGCGCCUGCUGCCAGGGCUCCCUGGCCCAGUACAGCUGUGCAGACCCCCAGUGCCGCAUCCUCCGAGUGGCAGCGGACGUGGUGUGCCCAGAUGCCCCCGCAAGGCCCAGCGCUCUGGCAGUCAGUGGGGAUGGUUGCCUGCUGGCCUUCGUGGGCCCCUCCAGGCACACUGUGACGGUCAUGGGCUCGGCCUCCCUGGAUGAGCUGCUGCGAGUUGGCGUCGGCACUCUGGACCCGGCCAGUGGGCGCCUGGACUCAGCCGUGGCCGUGUGCUUCGGCCCUGUGGCUCUGGGCCACCUGCUGGUGUCUACCUCGUCCAACAGAGUCGUGGUGCUGGAUGCUGCAUCGGGCCACAUAGUCCGGGAGCUGCCUGGUGUCCACCCUGGGCCCUGUCCCUCCCUGGCAGUCAGUGAGGAUGCCUGCUUCCUGCUGAUGGCCGCCGGCCGGGCCGUGAAGGUGUGGGACUAUGUGACGAAGGCCAGCCCAGGCCCCCAGGUGUACAUCGGCCACUCAGAGCCCGUGCAGGCUGUGACCUUCUCCCCUGACCAGCAUCAGGUCCUCAGCGCAGGGGACGCCAUCUUUCUCUGGGACAUCCUGGCUACCACUGACAGUGAGCAAAGCUUCCCCGGGGGUCCCCCAGCCUGUGAGGCAGGCCCGGGCACAGGACAGCUGGAGGACGCUGAGUCCAGGGCAGGCGGGCUCCCCCAGGAGCCGGUCCCCAAGCCAUCUCCGGCAUCUCCACCACGGCUGGACAUUUGUGCCAGGCCUCCCAAAGGUGGUGAUGGCACCAGGGACACCAGUAAUUUGGGGACCCCACGUACCACCUGCCUGGCUUCCCACAAGGCCUUCAUGCUUGCCAAGGUCAGCUGCAGCCCCCACUCUGCCAAGGGCACCUCCCCGCCUACCCCCAGCGGCAAACGGCGGCGGCUGCAUCUGAAGGCUGUCGUUGGCUACAGCGGGAACGGGCGGUCCAACAUGGUCUGGAGGCCGGACACAGGCUUCUUUGCUUACACAUGUGGCCGCCUGGUGGUGGUGGAAGACCUGCACUCUGGCGCCCAGCAGCUUUGGCCUGGCCACCCUGCGGAGAUCUCCACGCUGGCCCUCAGCCACAGUGCCCAGGUCCUGGCUUCUGCCUCAGGAGGCAGCAGCGUGGCUGCGCAUUGCCAGAUCCGCAUCUGGGAUGUGUCUGGCGGUCUCUGCCAGCAUCUUAUUUCCCACCACAGCACCUCUGUGCUGGCCCUGGCCUUCUCACCAGAUGACAGGCUUCUCGUCACAUUGGGGGGCCAUGGUGACCACACCCUCACCCUGUGGAGCAUGGCCACCUGUGACCUCGUGUCCUCCACCUGCCUCCCGGAGCCAGCGUAUAGUGUGGCCUUCAACCCCUGGGGCGCCGGCGAGUUUACCUGUGUGGGUCAGGGCGCUGUUACCUUCUGGCUCCUGCAGCAGCAUGGGGCAGACACCAGCCUUCAGGUGCACCGAGAGCCGGUCCCAGAGGCAGUUGGGGCUGGAGAGCUGACUUCUCUCUGCUAUGGGGCACCCCCCCUGCUCUACUGUGGCACCAGCUCCGGCCAGGUCUGUGUCUGGGACACGAGUGCCAGCCGCUGUUUCCUGGCCUGGGAGGCGGACAACAGUGGCAUUGGGCUGUUGCUGUUCUCCAGCUUUCGAUUGGUCAGCGGCAGCAACACGGGGCGGCUGCGCCUGUGGGCCGUGGGGGCAGUGUCGGACCUGCGGCGGCGCAAGGGCUCAGGUGCCAGGUCUAGUUCUGUGCUCAUGGAACGCGAGCUGGUGCUGGACGGGGCUGUGGUGAGCGCCAGUUUUGAUGACAGUGUGGACAUGGGCAUCGUGGGCACCACGGCGGGCACACUCUGGUUUGUCAGCUGGGCCGAGGGCACCAGCACACGUCUCAUCAGUGGCCACAGGAGCAAGGUGAAUGAGGUGGUCUUCAGCCCCGGGGAGUCGCACUGUGCCACGUGCAGUGAGGAUGGGAGUGUGCGGGUGUGGUCCUUGGCCAGCAUGGAGCUGGUGAUCCAGUUCCAGGUGCUGAACCAGAGUUGCCUCUGCCUCGCAUGGAGCCCCCCGUGCUGUGGCCGCCCCAAGCAGCAGCGGCUAGCGGCGGGCUAUGGCGACGGCUCCCUGCGCAUCUUCAGCGUCUCCCGCACGGCCAUGGAGCUCAAGAUGCACCCCCACACGGCGGCGCUGACUGCUGUUGCCUUCUCUACGGAUGGUCAGACUGUCCUCUCCGGAGACAAGGAUGGGCUCGUGGCUGUGAGCCACCCCUGCACAGGGAUGACCUUCCGUGUGCUGAGUGACCACCAGAGCGCCCCGAUCUCUACUAUCGAUGUCACACGCAAAGAGUGUGGAGACUUAGGGGUGGAGGGCACAGACCUAUGGCUGGCCGCCAGUGGGGACCAGCGGGUCAGCGUCUGGGCCUCCAACUGGCUGCGGAACCGCUGUGAGCUGGUGGACUGGUUGAGUUUCCCGACGCCUGCCGCCACAGAGACUCAGGGCCAGCUACCGCCCUCCCUUGCUGCCUUCUGCCCCUGGGAUGGGGCGCUGCUGAUGUAUGUGGGCCCUGGUGUGUACAAGGAGGUGAUUAUCUACAACCUCUGCCAGAAGCAGGUGGUGGAGAAGAUACCACUGCCCUUCUUUGCCAUGUCCCUGAGCCUGUCCCUUGGCACCCGCCUCCUGGCUAUCGGCUUUGCUGAGUGCAUGCUGAGGCUGGUAGACUGUGCCACGGGGACCACCCAGGACUUUGCUGGCCACGACAACGCAGUACACCUGUGCAGGUUCACACCGUCCGCCAGGCUGCUCUUCACGGCGGCCUGCAACGAGAUCCUGGUGUGGGAGGUGGCCAGCGGCUGAGAUGCAGCGGGGACCGUGGUGCUGGGCGUCACGGCUGGUCACGCCAGGCGCCUGGACACAGGCUUGGCAGAGAAGCCAGGCCUCCUGGUGGGACAGGCAGGCCGGGACCUCACAUAGAUCUCCUGGACCGGGCUGUUGUGAAUUUGGCAACCUGAAAAUACUGUAAUACCUGUUGUCCCUUUGUCUAAGGAGUUUUUAAUGUUUCUCUCUUAUAAUAAAUAAGGGCAUUUAUUGCA